AUGUCAAUGAAGGAUAUUUUUGAGUUAUCGGAAUUAAAUAAAAACAAACUCACCUGUAUGAUUGAAGCUGUUAAAAUCGAGUUACACGAAAACAUGGAGAAAUUUGAGGAUAUUUUGAAGGAUACAUCACGAAACGACAAUUUCCUGUUGGAAAAACAAAUCAAUACGUGUUUUGAAUUGCAGUGCAAAAUCGACGAUUAUUCAGAAAAACUCAAGGAAAUGGAAUUAACGGAUGAUUACUUGGAGUCGGCAAACACAGUGAUUGAUUUUAUUUCAAACAUCCCUAACAUCGUGAGCGAUUUGGGACCGGAAUCAUUGAUCGUGGUUACGUCAGAAAAAGUCGGCAUGCAGUACAUAAAAUUACUACAUGAUUUAUCAGUGAAGAAUGUCAUCAUCACCACGAUCAGGGCGUUGACGACGGGUGAAGUUAACGUGACGUUGGGCAACGUGAAGACCGCGCUUGUGGAUGGAUCUGAAGUAGAAUACCAGAAGUUCGUCGGCAGCGAAACCGUGCGGUUGGUCAUAACAGACCACGUACCGGCUGAUCGGCUGUACCGCGUAUUAGGUGACGUUCAUCGUAACCAGUGUUUUGCGAUGAUUCGAACGAAUGGCGAUGGCAAUGGUGAUGAGGAUAACAAUAAGAAUUUACUAUCGUAA